GCAUUUUUGCCACUGUCCAGAUAUCACUGAAAAAUCGCCCCCUAUGGAACCUUAUACACCACACCUUAUACACAAGAUUUGCACCCUUGCAUAGGGUUUUGAGUUCUAGAUGCUCCAAUGUCAUCGAAGAUUACCAGAAGCUAAAGACAACAAAAGUGAACCUGAACUGUAUAUCGAUUGUAUCUGCUCAUGUGUUUGGUACUUGAAACCGGCCGUUCUAAUGCUCCAUCACAUAUGUAUUAUCGUUACUGCAUCUGUGACGCGGGCUGAUAAUACCUGUAGAAUGAAACCUUCAAAUUGCGCGUAGACGGCAAGUGGAUUAUGGAGCUCUCACUAGAUGCAUCACGUUGUGUAAAAUGAAUGAGAUCAGAA